CCUUCAACCCGCAUACAAGCAGCUGAACACUUUCCACGCCACCCUGUACGUAUUAAAAUAGGAAAAAAUGCUGGACAGCAACACAAUAACAACAACAACGUCUACAAAUUUAUAUUUUGACAUUUUGCUCAAAUGGAAAACAAUUCCAUCAAAAGUUUAGUUUUGUCUGUGAAUUUUCGAUGUACGGCGAAUUAAUUGAUUAUCGCGCUUAGCUUUGCUUCCAAAUCGAAAUUAAAUGUUGUGCUCUUGGGAAAUUCUUGCCGGUGAAAGUCGAAAAUUCGAAAGAACGAUAGAAAAUGUGUAAUUCGAUGACCAGAUACAGUUCGUACAACAAUCCGUUGCUGCUUUGCAAGAUCAAAAAUCUCAACUACGACCUCAUCGAGGAGUGCAAGCGCUGCAUCGAGGGAUCGUUCCUGUCCAAAAAUCUCCAAUGCGAAUUGGAAAGCUUACCACGUGAAAUUAGACGUGAGGUUGUACGUAAAAUUCGAAACGGCUGUGCGCCUCUUUUUAUUGUUUGCAAACGGGGAUGUGUUGAAAUCGCCGAGUACCUAGUUACAGUAUGUGAAGCUGAUGUCGAGCAAAGGGGGCUCUAUGAGGUACCAGAAGAUCGAUCAUUUCACUUUGUGACUCCUCUUUGGUGUGCAGCGGUUUCAGGGAAACUUCCUGUUGUGAAAUAUUUAAUUCGUAUAGGAUGUGAUAUAAAUGCGCCGUCUGACUCAGGUUCAACACCGGUGAGGAGCGCCUGCUUUAUGACACACAUGGAUAUUGUGCAAUUCCUAGUUGAAAAUGGAGCUGACAUCAGUAAACCGAAUGUCAAUGGCGGUACUUGCCUCAUCAACUCAGUACAAUCUGUCCAGCUUUGUAUGUAUUUAAUAAGUAAAGGAGCAGAUGUGAACGCCAAGGAUAUUCAGGAUAAAACUGCUCUUCAUUAUGCUAUACAGGAACAUAGGAUUGAAACGACAAAACUGCUGCUUGAAAAUGGAGCUGACCCGUUCGCGAAAAGUCGGUACGGUGACGAUGCAUUGCAAACUGCAUGCCUCAAAGGCGCCCAUAUGAUUUUUGACUACUUAAAGACUCAGAUAAAUUAUCCAGCGGAAAGAUUAGCCGACGCCCAUGAACUAAUAGGAUCAACCUUUCUUGAUGACCACAAUGAAACAAGAGUGGCAAUUCUUCAUUGGCGCUUGGCCCACCAUAUCCGACUUAGAGAUAAUGCAUAUAUAGAAAAACGCCCUAAAAUUCCACCACGCGCUGCCUACGGAAAUGCCGUUGAAUUCAAGACAAUGGAAGAAUUGGACAAUAUUGCUACAGAUGUAGAUGCAAUGCGAAUACAAAGCCUGCUUAUAUGCGAGCGCGUUCUAGGUAUCCAUCACAAAGACAUGCUGUUUCGGUUGAUGUUUAGGGGUGCUUCUUAUGCGGAUUCACUGCGAUUUCAACGUUGCAUUGACCUAUGGCGGCUUGCAUUGCAGAUACGUGUUAGUCGACACUCGAUUUUGUAUUCAGAUACAUGUUUUACAGCACAAGCAAUCGUACGCCUCAUGCUAGACUUAUCGGAUAGAUAUAAUGAAAGCGAUUUUGGUGAUCAUAAUGUGCCGCUUUUUGAGGAUGUUUUAGCCGUUUUCACCUUACUUACCAGUAAUAUAUCCGAAGCUCAGGAAUUGCUGCAAAUCAGACCUGUAUAUAGGAAGCAGCAGGAGAACUUCGAUCGUGUUCUUAAAUGUAUUACGCAUUUGAUUUACUUGUUAUUAAAAACAGCUAAGACCGUCCAGGAAAAGCGAUUAGUCUUCACAUCCGUUCAAGGAAUAGUUCGAGCUAAUAUUCGUAGCGCGUGCACCAAUGAUACGCUACUGCAUCUUUGUGUUUCUAGGCUUAAUGUAAUAAAAAGUGGAUAUUUCACUGACGACAAUAAUUCGAGAAUUGUGUUCCCCAAUGCGGAUGUGGUGAAAGUAUUGAUACAAUGUGGAUCUGAGAUAAAUGCGAAGAACGAGUCAAAAUCUACACCACUACACGUAGCUGCACUGCCAUACAAUUAUGAAACCGAUGUGGUGCAUCUUCUUUUGAAAAACGGCGCCGAUCUCGACCAGCCAAACAAGUCAGAGGAACGACCUAUCAAUAUCAUAGCCGGCAACCCUCAUAAUAGAAUCCCAUUAAUGAAUUUUAUUAAUUUGAAGUGCUUAUCUGCUACCAUAAUUAAUAAAUAUCGAAUACCCUAUCGAAAUCAGAUCCCAAAAUCCUUAGAAGAAUUCGUGAGACAACACGAAUCAUGAGAUCGUAUUGCGAAGUUGUAAAAAGCUUGUAGUAAAUUGAAAUUGUCAUAACACACUUAAAAUAUGAUUGAAGGCAGAAACUAUUGUUCUAAAAUAAAAUAAGCGCGAAAACUGUGAAA